AUGGAUAACUAUGGAUCAUCUUCUCCAUACCGGUAUCCAAACCCAUAUGUGUACCCUCCCAACCCUCAACAACCAUACCCUCCUCCUCCAGGUUCAGCUCCUGAUCCAUAUGCACAUGUUCCUUAUUCUCCGUAUCCUUACCUUUCUUCACAUUCCUUCAACUAUUCUCAUCCUCUACCUCCUCCUAGACCUUCCUCACAUUCUGGCCAUUUUGAGUAUUCUUAUGCUCCUCCUCACACUAUGGACUUUCCCCACCCACCUCCGCCAUCUUAUGCUCUUCCUCCCACUUAUCCUUAUCCCUACCACGUUCCUCCACCAAACCAUGAUUCUCCCAGGCCUUCCCUUUCACACCAUGGCAGUUUCGGACAUGGAUCACCUCCUCACUAUUAUCCACCAAAGGAGUCCUAUUCGGCUCCUGAUAUGCAUUCCCGCACCAAUAGCUUCUCUGGUCCCUAUUGGCCGGAGAACACAAGCAUUGCUACAGGAGGUAAAGUGUCACAAACUAGUGAUGAUUCCAAGCCUUCUCAGGGUUCUGCUUAUCCACCUUUGGAUGAUCUUUUGAGCAAUGUUCGGUUGUCUGAUGAGAAGCCAACUGCUCCUGCGCCUGCAAGGCAACCAUUAAUGCAUUCCGUUUCAGUUUCUAAGUUGCAACAGAAGAAAGAAGACUUUUAUGGAUUUUUGAAUCACUCCUUCUCCGGGUGGGGUUCUUCUUACCCCGAUCGGGUGGAUUCUUCUAAGCUUUCUAUGUCUGGCUCGUUUAAUGAAUCACUGCAUCGUCAGAGUUUGCAGAUUGUUCCACUCCAGAAUAAAGGGUCCUUGAAAGUUUUGCUCCUCCAUGGAAAUUUAGAUAUAUGGGUCAAUGAAGCCAAGAAUCUUCCAAAUAUGGACAUGUUUCACAAAACUUUAGGGGAUAUGUUCGGUAAGUUACCUGGUAGUGUGAGCAAUAAAAUUGAAGGAACCAUGAAUAAGAAGAUUACUAGUGAUCCCUAUGUAUCGAUUUCAAUAUCCAAUGCUGUAAUUGGAAGGACUUAUGUCAUUAGCAACUCUGAAAAUCCUGUUUGGUUGCAACAUUUCUAUGUUCCUGUUGCACAUCAUGCUGCUGAAGUGCACUUUCUUGUUAAAGACAGUGAUAUUGUGGGUUCACAACUCAUUGGCAUUGUGGCAAUUCCAGUGGAGCAAAUAUACUCAGGAGAAAUAGUUGAAGGAAGCUUUCCAAUCCUGAAUAGUAAUGGGAAGCCAUGUAAGCAAUGUGCUGUCCUGAGCCUAUCCAUUCAGUACAUACCUAUGGAGAAGCUGAGCAUUUAUCACCAAGGAGUUGGAGCAGGGCCUGAGUAUAUCGGGGUUCCUGGAACAUAUUUUCCUUUGAGGAAAGGUGGAACCGUUACACUGUAUCAAGACGCUCAUGUUCCAGAUGGAACCCUCCCUAAUGUGUUGCUCGACAGUGGGAUGUACUAUGUGAAUGGAAAGUGUUGGCAAGAUAUUUUUGUUGCCAUAAGUCAAGCUCGGCGUUUGAUUUAUAUCACAGGGUGGUCAGUGUGGCACAAAGUAAGGUUGGUUAGGGAUGCUGCUGGUUAUUCUGCAGAUUAUACCUUGGGUGAUCUUCUAAGGUCAAAGUCACAGGAAGGAGUAAGAGUGCUUCUGCUUGUCUGGGAUGAUCCUACAUCAAGAAGCAUUUUAGGUUAUAAAACAGUAAGUAAAGCAACUUUUUUCUGUUACAUAUCUCUGCAUUGCCAUGCUUUAGACUGGCUGGUAGGAUUUGAUUAG